AUGGGCGCGCAGGGGUGGCCGCGGUCGCGGGUGCGGGGCCAGGAACGACUUCUCCCGGGGUGUCGGAUUUACUUUUUUUUGCAAGGCGGCGGCUCGGGAGCUGCUGCUUGCAGCUGCCGGGGAAGUUCAAUUGGCAACUUGAGCUGCAACUUGGCUCCUUUUUCCCCCCGGCGUGCAGAAAGUGGGCGUUGGAAGGAAGCGAGCGAGAGAGGCCCGGAGCGAGCGAGAGAGCGAGAGGAGAGCGAGCGAGCGCGCGGGGCCGAGGAAGGAAGAGAAGGUGCAGGAGGGGGGUGGAGGGAGGAGAUGUUCAGGGGGGAGGGGAGCAGGGGAGGGGGCGGGCAUGCUCGCUCUCGGCUCCCCGGCUCCACGGUCGCCGCGCCCCGCAGUCUGGAGGCGCACGGGAGCGGCCGGGGUACCCCUCGCGGGAGCCCGCGGCCAGCCACCCCGGGGCGCGCAUCCAACCGGGGCGCAGCGCCCGGGGGGACUUGGCACCCUGGGCCACCGAUCGCAGAGCCCGGGGAGGCGCUCGGCUGGCCGGAGGGGCGGCUAGGGCCCUGCCCGCCUCCCCGGCUUUGCUUCUCCCCCUGGUGGCGGAGCGGCGGCGGCCACGGGCGAGGCGACACUGGGCGCACGGCUGGCCCGAGCCCGAGCAGAGCCCGAACCACCGCUCCUAGGCUCCCUCUUGGAGCCACGGGCCGCGCUUUGGGGGUGCCUGGGGCUGGCGAGGGGCGCGCACCGGUGGGCACAGACUCCUGGCAGGAUCCGCAGCAGCCUCCGGGGGAUCGUACAGACCUCUGCUCUUUUAUGACUUCAGCUGCAGAGCUUAGUAAACCCUCCUGGAAGUUGUUGUUUGGUAAAAGGCUAUUCAUGAAGGGUGGCUGUUACUGCCUGGAACAUCCAGUCAACUAUAUGAGUCAGUCAUAGAUACAACACUGGGGGAAACAGGAACCACAAUAAGCAUUUUCCUCUCUGAGAGUUUUGGGAUUCCACCAAACUUCUUCAAUUAUCCAGGGUGGCCAGACUGGCCUCUCUUAUUGUCAGGCCACCUGCUUGGUAAGUCAGCCCAAAGGUG